AUGAAUUUGAUCCAUCAAAAACUGCAGGAGAUCUCGACGCUCGUGAGUCUGACGACCGCUGAGGUCGGGUACACGACCGUGUUCCCGUCCCCGGCGGAUUUGAAGUCGGCCUAUGAUUUCAUUAUUGUGGGAGGAGUAAUAACCGGCUGUUUGAUCGCAAAACGGCUAUCCGAUGCCGGCCACUCGACUUUACUGAUUCAUGGACCAGGAUCGCUCCCAAAUGAGCUGACCAGGGUACCCCUCCUAAAUCUCGGUCUGCACGGAAACCCUGAUCACGACCAUCUCUACAAAAGCCCCAGACUGAAUUCGCGCUGGCUCAAUCAAACACUCACCUACAACUCGGGGAAAGAUCUCGGUGGGUCUCAAGUCCUCAGCGCUCAGAUGUGGUCUUACGGAAAAUCGGGUGAUUUCACGUGCUGGAAAGAGGAAUUUGGCAUCAGUGAAAAGUUCAGCAAUGAAAACAUUCGUGCGGCAGGUAAAAUCCACGAGAAGGCGAGCGCGGGAGUUGAAGGUGUAGAUUCCCCCUACGGAGAAUCCGGAGAAAUCGAUUUGAGUCUCUCUCCGACCUGGGCUCCGUAUCAACAAACUUUCGCGGAUAGGUUCGAAGCGGCCGCAGCCAGUCUGACGCAAACGCGGGUGAAUAAGGACCAGAACAGCGAUGCUCUCGGUUUCGGGAGAAUUAUUCAUGCGGUGGAAGCAGACACGGGUUAUAUCAGUACUCCGGUGAGAGCAUUCUUCGAAAAUCGACCUCUCUCGGAUAAUUUACACAUCGUUACAAGACACAUGGUGCGGAAGAUACUCUUCGACAUGUCCACGUCACCUCCGCGGGCCACCGGCGUUGAAUUCGUCCAGGCAGAAGAUAGGGAAGGGAGCGUAGUAUUCUUCAAAAAAGCCACCAAGCGGAUAAUCCUCACGGCCGGUGCCAUUCGAACUCCUCAACUUCUGGCGCUUUCCGGGGUGGGAUCCGAAUCCGACCUUAAGCAGUGGAACAUCGAGCCUGUGGUGACGAGGAACGGCGUGGGACAGAAUCUCCACGAUCAUUACGACAUCGGUAAUGCUGGCGUAUGUUUCCCGAAAGGCACCAAGAAGUACGUCGACUUCGGACUAACUCAAUACUUCAAUUUCGGAUUGCAUAGAAGAGGCCAGCUCAGAGCACCCCUGGGAACCCAGUCCUACGGCUUCUUCAAAUCCGACCAGAGCAAUCUUACCACCUCGAAACAUUACUUUUCGAUCGGAAUUUCGAAGAAUAAUCUCUACCAAGACUUCUAUCUGCAAGGCAAAUCUUCGGAGGGAGACAACUUCUUCGGCACUCUCUUCAAGCAGAGGGAGUGCUUGCUCUUCACUCCGACUUUGCUGCACCCGGAGUACCGGGGCCAAAUCACUCUGACAUCGGGCGAUCCCCUCGAUGACCCGAUCGUGGAUCUGAAAACGACUUCAAAUGCUAGAGACAUGAAACUUAUCGGCGAACUGUGGCAGAAGGUCAAACGCAUCGCGGAGGAAUCAUUCGGGGAUAUAGGCGGUGAAUUCGACGGAACACCUUUUCCCGCAUGCGUCCAGGACCUCAUGAUCGCUGAUGCGUCGAUUCUACCUUGUCCGACGAGUGGGCACAUGCUGCCCACUAUAUCCGCCAUGGCUGAAAUGGCUGCUCGAGAAGUCAUACGGGACUUUGAAGUACAACGCUCUCGCUCCCGAUCAUGA